AUGCCAUUGAUAAGUUUUUUUGAAACCGGUACAUUACCGCCUGGUGGAGCUCUACCGUCGAGUCAAAAAUCAAGAAAUCCGCAUCAUGUACUCACGCGAGAAAUUGGAGCGGCUACUGCGGCAGGCCAAGGUGACGACACAGAGCAUCCAGAAGGUGUCGCAAUGGAUGCUCAGUUACCGUCAGCACCUCCCCGAGAUGGUGACGCUUUGGAGCGAUCUCAUCCGCGAGGGUGACGCCGAGCACCAGAUCGUUUACCUCUACGUAGCCAACGAUGCUAUGCAGGUGGGCGUACGCAAGUUCGGACGACACAUCGCGGCGGCCUUUGAGAAGGAUCUCGUAGAUAUUGUGCAGCUGGUGAUGCGAGACGGAGAGGAGAAGGUCAAGCGAUGCGCCAUCAAGAUCGUGGGCAUCUGGAAGGAGCGCGGGGUCGUUACACCGCCACUGCUGGCCAUGUUGGAGAACGUGUGUGCCGGUAAACCUCCAGCAGAGGAGGUCCCCGAAGCCGACGGGAAGGACGAUGAGAGGAGAGCCAAGCUGUUGCAGGAAAUGACCAGUGAUGCAACGGUUGAACGCGUGCUGGAGGAUAUGCCUGAGGUGGUAGAGUCUAGUGCCACCACACAGAUGGCCACGCACCUGCAGGACCUGGUGAAUGCGACCAUCAGCGCCGAUAUGCUCAGUGAUAGGAUGUUCCAGUUGGAAUCAAGUAUCAGUGUCUUCCAUCACGCGUGUGGAGAACAGGAUGAAGAAGACGAGGUCGUUGUGGUUGGAGAGGAGAACGACAGGACCUUCCCUACUGCAGGAGGCAUCGCCUGGAGCAAGAUGGACCAGCAAGUUUACGACCUGGAUGUCGAGAACAGUCGUGGACAUGUCGAUCAAUAUCGUACAAAUCUUAUGGACCAGGCGACAAAGCGUGACACCCUAAUUAAGGAGCUACGGGCGCUGGAGACUAGGGAUUUGUUUUCAUUUCCUCCCGAAGCGACGACACAAGAGGAGGCGGAUUACCAGGAGCGAACACUUGAGAAACUCUACUCUAUUGCCUGUGAAGCUGAAAAGAUUGAGAUGGAACAGUUGGAGGAACAACGCGCCGAGUUCCGUGCAAAGCAAGAAUCUAUGGCCGCGUCCGCUUCGGACCCUCUGUACUCAGCGCACCAUCCAACUGAGGAGCCCUAUCGGCCUAUCACUCCGACUUCGUCAAGCCGUGGACGAAGCGACAGUGGAAACAGCCACCUGGGUCAUCGCAGAUCUUCUUACCAGCACGACCAACCUCACCAGCGAUCCCUUCGUCGUCACAGCAGUGCCUCUGCAGUCACGGAUCGUGGCUUUAUGGAUGACCGACACAAUGAUCAUCACCGAUACGGCGGUCACUAUGAUCGAUACAGCGGUUCGAACGGCCGAUACAUAGAUUCACCUUCAACCAGCAAGCGACCGAAGCUGCACCACUCGUACAGUAUGGAGUCGCAGAAUGUGCAGUGGCAGGAAGCUUCGCGCUACUCUCCUCGAGGAGAGGUUCCACCGUACGCUGUCAUGGAGAGAGAACAACCGGCUUACUCACCGCGAGAUAAUCGCUAUUCACCGAGAGAUCAUUACCAACCACCACCACCGCGUCAAGGACGUCGUAGUCGAUGGGACUCGAUGCCUGAGGAACGCUACAACAGCCACUAUGAAGACCGGCGGUGGUGAAAUCGCCGUCGCACACCUAUCGUCCUUCCUAACAGUAUUAUUAGUAUCAGUAUUGCCGUCAGGACGGCAAGUAGCAAAACCAACAAAGCUAAAGGUUGACCUUGUAGGGUACGUCGCCCUGAUAGUGCAAUACUUAAGUACUCCAUUUUGGCAUUAGGUUGGGACGACACUGGAGAGACACUGGCCGCUACAAAGCAAAGACAAGAUGUGCAACUUUCGAGCAAGUAUCCUAAACAAAUCAAAUAUUUCGUGUCUUCAGUUG